AUGCCUUCAAGUCGUGUAGCUGCUGUUGAUCCAGUAACCAUCGUGAUUAAAGAAUGCAUUAAUUUAUCAACCGCUAUACGAAAAUAUACUAAAUAUUCAUCCCAAUCUGGAGUGGCUGCUUUACUAAGUGGUGGGAGUGAAGUAUUCAGUAACCAGGAUGAUUCCCUCGCCAGUACAUUCAAUAACUUGUCAAUGAACAAGAAUAAUGACCCUUUUUUGUCUGGAUUUAUACAACUUCGUCUGAUGCUGAAUAAACUUGACACUCUUCAUAAUAUAGACUCUUUAACGUUACUACAACCAUUUUUAUUGAUUAUCAGUACUAGUUCUAUCUCGGGUUAUAUUACAUCAUUAGCUUUAGAUUCGUUACAAAGGUUUUUCACACUUAAUAUCGUGAAUGCUGAAUCUAAAAAUUACGUGGCAGCCUAUAGAGAAGCUGUAAACUCAUUAACACAUUGUAGAUUCGAGGGGUCCCAACAAACUUCUGAUGAUUCGGUACUUCUAAAGGUUGUCAUGCUAUUGAAUUCUAUUAUUAGUUCCCCCAAUGGAUCAUGUAUAUCAGAUUCUAUUAUGUAUGAUGUCGUUCAAACCAUUAUGUCCCUUGCAUGUAAUAAAAGAAGAACUGAGGUAUUAAGAAAAGCAGCUGAAGCAACUAUGAUAUCUAUUACAGCAAAUAUAUUUGCAAAAUUAGAAGACAUUGAAUUCGAAAGUGUUACCCAAAAAUAUAUCAACGAUGAAAGUUAUUCGAAGAAUAAUUUAAUGGACGAUACAAUUGGCACUACUGAAAACGAUAUUGAAUCUACCAAAUCUAUGGCUUCAGAAGUAUCGGCCACUGAAGAAACUAUGAAUGAUAAUAAAAUUGAAGGUACUGCAGAAAACAUUGAGGAGAUAAAAAUUGAAGAAUUCGAAGUGAAGGAACCGAAAGUACUAGACAUAUUAGACCCAGAUUAUGGUUUGCCUGUUGUCAAACAAUAUUUAAAUCUUCUGCUGUCUCUAAUUGUUCCAGAAAAUCAAGCAAAACAUACAAACUCUACCAGAAUAUUUGGAUUGCAACUUAUAAAUACCGCAGUAGAAAUAUCUGGUGACAAGUUUCCAAAAAACCCACGUUUGUUCAGUUUAAUAUCUGAUCCAAUUUUCAAGUGUGUUCUGUUUAUUAUUCAAAAUACCAACAAAUUAUCUCUUCUGCAACCUGCAUUGCAAUUGUUUACCAGUUUAGUUAUUAUAUUGGGUGAUCAUUUGCCAAUGCAAAUUGAGUUAACAUUAACUCGUAUUUUCACAAUGUUACUAGGAAAUCAAACUAAAGAUACUUCCAAAAGUGAUGGAGAAUUGGAAAGAAUUAUCCCAUCUGCAGUAAAAGAAUUACUUAUUGAACAAAUUUCAAUCUUGUGGACAAGGUCACCUUCUUUUUUCACUUCUACAUUUAUUAAAUUUGAUUGUAACUUGGAUAGAGCAGAUGUUUCUUUGAACUUUUUAAGAGCGCUAUCCAAAUUAUCAUUACCGGAAUCUGCAAUCUCCACGACAGAAAGUGUGCCACCUAUUUGUCUCGAAGGGUUGGUAUCUUUGAUUGAUGAUAUGCAUGACCAUAUGCAAUCAGUGAGUAAACAGGAUUAUAUAAACAAAACUGUUACCGAGAAUGACAUUUUGAAACAAAGAGAGCGUAAGACAGAGUUUAUAAAAUGUUCAAAGGCAUUUAAUGAGAAAGCAAAAAUAGGUAUUCCACUUUUGAUCGAAAAGGGGUUUAUCAAGUCAGACUCUGAUAAAGAUAUUGCUUCAUUUUUGUUUGAAAAUAACAGUUUGAUUAAUAAGAAAACGAUUGGUCUAUUAUUAUGUGAUCCAAAGAAAACUUCACUACUACAAAAAUUUAUUAACUUAUUUGAUUUUAGAGACUUACGUGUAGAUGAAGCUAUCAGGAUUUUGCUAACAAAGUUUAGAUUACCUGGUGAAUCCCAACAGAUUGAGAGAAUUGUUGAGGCAUUUUCUAAAGGAUAUGUUACAAGUCAAAAGUAUGAUCCUUCAAAGUUAAUUGAAGUACCGGACAAAAAGAAGAGCAAUGACGAUGACAAAGAACAAGUUGAGCAAGAAAAUGAGGAGGAGGAAAUUGAAGACCUUGCUUCUGUUCAACCUGAUGCUGAUUCUGUGUUUGUUCUAAGUUAUUCCAUUAUCAUGCUAAAUACCGAUUUACAUAACCCACAAGUUAAGGAACAUAUGUCCUUUGCUGAUUAUUCUGGUAAUUUAAAGGGAUGUUGUAAUGAAAAAGAUUUCCCUAAAUGGUAUUUGGACAGAAUAUAUAUCUCCAUUAGAGACAAAGAAAUUGUUAUGCCUGAAGAACAUCACGGUAACGAGAAAUGGUUUGAGGAUGCAUGGAAUAAUUUGAUUUCUGCUACGGCAGUCAUGACUGAAGGUCAAAUUAUCAACAAAAAUCCAAUCGAUGAGUUGAAUGAUAUUGAAUUGUUACGUUUCGAUAGAGUUAUCUUCAAACAUAUUGGUGCUAAUAUUGUCAACACAUUUUUCAAGAUUUAUCUAGUAGCUUCCGAUGAUCACAUCACAAGCCGUAUGCUAACAAGUUUGGAUAAGUGUGCAUAUAUUGCCUCCUUUUUCAAUUUCAAAAAGCUAUACAACGAUAUUCUAAACUCAAUUGCUAAGAUAACGUCAUUAGUUGGGAAUACAAAUUUGAGUCCAAGCUCAAAGGAUAGUGAUACCGAUGAUAAAUCCAAUGAAGAUAUUAAAUACGAGACCAACGACUCUAGUAAUAUUGAAAACUCUUACUUGGAUGUUGAUAGUAUCCCCGUAGUUGAAAUUACCGAUCAAGAAACUGGUAAGAAGAUUCCUGUAAGCAACCAUGCCGUGAAGUUAGGUAGAUCAUUUAAAGCACAAUUAUGUACCAUUAUAUUCUUUAGAAUUGUUUCUCACACUAAGGAUUCCGAAAUAAUAUCUCCAGAAUUAUGGGAUAGCAUUAUUAAGAUAUUAUUGAAUUUAUUUGAAAACUUGUUAAUUUCACCGGAUAUUUUCCCUGAUUUACAACAACAAUUAGUUAUUGGUAAUUUACCAAAACCACUCUCUGAAAUUUCAAUAACAAAGCAUCAUGAAAAUAGAGGUUUGUUCUCCACUUUUGCUUCAUAUUUGAAAGGUGAUGAAGAGCCUACUGAUGAUGAAAUAAAUGCGUCGAUAAAGGCGGUUGAAUGUAUUCAGUCAAGUAAUGUUGCUGGUUCAAUCUUUGGAAACGAAAAUUUAUUACAACCGACUUUAAUCAAGACUCUGAUCGGAGCCAUUAAACCGCAAAAGACAGCUGAAAAUGGAAGAUAUUUUGAAGCAGAAAUGUUAUUUUUAACCGAAUUAUCCAUUGCAUUGAUAUUAUUCUGUAAAGAUGAAAAGAAAUCCGGUGUUAUUAUGUUAAACAAGUUAUUUGAAUUCUCAAAGACUAGUGGAAUUACGAAGAGAACCGUUCGUAGAUCAGUUACUUAUAAAUUAUUGUUGAUAUCUGUCAUUGAAGGUCAAGAAGAGAAAUUGAAUAUAUUGAUCAAUGAUGAACUAUUAGGUAAAAAUGAAAUUUACACUAGAAAAUACUUUACAACCGAACAAGGUCAAGAAUUAUUAAGAAGAUUAUUAGAAUUAACUGAGAUUCCAAACUAUAGUGCGUACGUUUUGAAAAAUGAAGGUUUUUGGAAAGUUUUAAGAAUGGUUGCUGCCAUGGCUGAGAACACUAGUUUAAUUUACAAAUUUUUGAAGGAGAAGAUAAUAAAUACGGAUGCUCAUAUGAACAACGAUAAUUUCAUGUUGGUUUUAGGUUUAUUAGAUGAAAUAUCUUCGAUUGGAGCCGUUGGAUCCAGGUGGGAACAAGAGUAUAGUCAAUCUACUAAAUCUGGACAUAAGAUCAAUAGUGAUAAUCCAUACCAGGAAGUUGUUGAAUUAUCAUUAAAGUCUAUAAAUACCACUGCCCAUUUGGUUGAAAAACAUACACUAACACAUAAUGAAGUGAUUGCAAUUGUUCAAGCAUUAGCACAUCAAUGUAUCAAUCCAUGUGAACAAAUCCGUACGUAUGCUUUGAGUUCAUUACAAGUUGCAUUAACCGAAAACAUUGAGUUACCUAUUGGUGGUAUCACCAAAGUAGAAGAAUUAUUGGAUAAUGGUCUAUUGACUUUAUUAAAAACGAGCACGAUAGAUGAGAAUAAGAAAACUGAGGACAAGAAUAUAUCGCAUAAUAUCCCAGUAAAACAAAUCCUGGAGGUAGUAUCUGCAGUAUACUUGUAUUAUUUAAGGAAAGGUACAGUAACCAGUGAGACGUACAUGAAAGUAUUGAAUGUUUACAAUGAAUAUCUUGAGAUAGAUGGGGUUGAAGCUCAAUUACAAAAGAUGAUUUUAGAUAAGAAAAACAUUGAGAAAGAGCUUGGGUUAGGUAGUAGGACUCAAUCGCCGGCACCACAAGUAUCUGAUGAGCCAUCGAGUGAGAAACAAGAACAUGUAUAA